AUGAGUCUCUUUGGAGAAGAAGGCUCCGACAAGAGUGAGCAGGCACACUCUUCAGAAUGUGGUUCAACAUCCAGGGCGCUCUCUAUGUCAAUACCAUAUGUUUUAGUCUUUCGUGAACUAGCCUUGUUUGCUUCCUCUCUGUUUCGGAUGUCCAUCCAAUCUCUGAUUCCAGUCCAUAACUUCCUUGAAUAUAGCUCCUCUUGUUCUUCUCUGGCUAGGAAGUCACUUAUAUGGCCAUCUUUCUUAAGCCUUGUUAAAGGAAUCUCAUUAAUGUGUAUCAUCAACAGCGCACUCUAUCUUACUUUAUUCAAGUCUAUAGCUAGGGAAUUCCAAUCCUAA